AUCGCAUCCUGUUUUAUUAAAUUUUUUCCAGGCGAAAAUGGCUGCCUCACUCAUCUAAACCUCUGCCCUAAAGGAUUAAAUGAACAUGAAAUAGGCAGCAGAAAUCCCAGUCUCGCUUCAAGACAACACUGAUGGACGCCAGGGCGUAGUGUGUGCAGGGUCUUCACAAAGAUGUUGUGGCUGCCAGAGAAGGAAAAUGUAUGCGAUUCAAAAUUAACCCUUUCCAGUCCAACACCCACCGAAAAAUAAGAAGAUGAUGCAUCAAGUGACCAGUAGCAACAGUGACUAUUGUAUGAGUGGCCUGGCAGAGGACUGCCAUCCAGCCAGCCACUUUGAUUUAUGUAGCUCACAAUCCAACAAAUUCUACCCCUCUCAGACAACCCCUGGUUUGCAGCUGUCCCUUGCAGGCUUAGCCCCUUUGCCCCAGGGCAUGCACAAAGCCAUGGCAUGUCAAAUGCAAGACACCCAGAAUGACUUCCAGCCUCAGACGGUAAGGAUCAGGGGCAGUGAGGCUGCAGGGCCCGAUGGGUCUAAGAAGAAGAAGGGCAAUGGAAAGUCAGGCAGGAGAGGGAGGCCAUCGGGGACCACAAAGUCAGCUGGGUACCGUACAAGUACAGGACGUCCACUUGGUACAACUAGAGCUGCUGGGUUCAAAACCAGUCCUGGGAGGCCCCUUGGUACCACCAAAGCAGCAGGUUAUAAGGUCAGCCCCGGCAGGCCCCCCGGCAGCAUCAAGAGUCUAGCUCGGCUCAAGAACCUUGAGUUUGGUUGUGACGGCGCCAAGAAAAUUGACUUUAGCAACUGCAGUGUUCCCAAGAAAUUAGACUUCACUAGCUGUGAUGUUCCAGCUUUUCCAUAUGCCAUGAUGGAGAAAAGACCCCUCUGUGAGCCCAGUGGAAAAGUGGAUGAAACCAGUGAAUAGCUCUGAGGAUUUCUCUCCAGUGCUCCAGUCCAGAAAAACAUUUGAGUGCAUGAGCAAGAAGAUGCUUUGAAAAACAUUUCUCUCAAAUGUUAGGCGAGGACUUUUUGUCAUAUAGAAAUGGCUCUGACUGACUUCUCAAUGUGCAGUGUUUGACAUCGUCUUCAUCCUCUCAUAAUAAACAAAUUUCAAGUAUGUUAUUCCAGUUUGGCAGAGAUGCAUGCAUAUGAAUUAAUCACACCAAUCAGUAUAGGUAAAACAUGUAUUUAUAAGUUUGUGGUUCAAAACUCACUAGAGCGUGGAUCUUUCUUCCCCUCAAGCAUUUUGUUCCUCUGAAUUGUGACAUGUUCUCUUACUCUUCUUUAAUAUUUAUAUGGCUGGGUUCUUGUGACAUUUUCUACAUUUUUAAAAAAUUGCAUUUUAGUACAAACAGCCAAUCGAAUUAGUAUUUUCCUGAGCAUAAAUAUGUGGAUGUGUAGUUGUCAUUUCUGUGUUGUCCAGUUCAAUAUUUGUUUUAUUUUGUGAUAUCCUGCAUCAUGCCUAAAAUGGGGAACACUGCAAUACAUUUUUAAGUAGCUCAAACUGGACAAACUCAAUGCAUAAUAUCCUUUUUGGACACAGUAUUUUUUUCCUGAACUUUGUGACUAUAGUUUUGAGUAUGUAUUGGAACAGCCUGUUUUUGUCCCCAAACUCACUUGAUAAGCACUUCCAGACUUACAUGUAUGUUGUUAUUGCUGUUGAUUAGGGGAAAAUGACUUAAUUAAACAGAAAAAAUUGCUUUGUGGAUAAUGUAAUAAAUGCAAAUGUGCUGUAUGUGAAACCAAAAUAAAAGAAAGAAAUUGUCUUUUCCA